AUGGAGAACGUGAAUGCCAUUACAACCAGGAGUGGAAAAGUGUUGAAUCCAGCUGCACUACAAGGGAAAAGUUCCGAACUAGCCAUUGAUCUGGAAGAGACUGAUGAUCCAGAGCCUGAGAAUGUGAGAGAGUCUGCAAAUGAAGACAUGCCAAAGGAGUCAUUGCCUGCUCAGAUCUCUGACGAAGUUGCUGAAGAGAUUCUAGUUGAUGACCUCUUGGAGAUUGCUUUGACAUAG